UUGUGAUCCCUAUCCUUUGAUGGACUUCGUGUCCAAAUCAAUUACCCGACUGGCAUACCUUUCAUUUUCUUUCCAAUAACAGACUUUUAAUUUGUUUGAAGGUGCAAGUCUUAGCCGACAUAAUUGAAAUCUGAUCAAGCCCCACACCCACUGGUGUGCCUAUAUGAAUGAUAACGGAUCCAACUGUGGUGGUGUGAGACAUGGAAGGAAUAAUGAGGAAAUGCAGUAGUUCUUCAUGGGCCUGCUGGGUGCUGAUCUUGCUGGGAAUGAUGUUAAUAGCGAGGGUGGUGGAAGGUGCAGAGUUGAGUCCUAGCCAGUGUAAGCAGGAAAGACAGCUAGGCAUCAAAUUAUGCAAGGCAGUGGUGUUUGGGCAGCCUGCAUCGCCUGCAUGUUGCCAGCGCGUAAGGGUGACCCACUUGGAGUGCGUAUGUCCGGCCUUCAACCCCAAGUUGGCCGCACUCAUAGACAUCAACAAGGCCAUCAAGAUCCUCCAAACCUGUGGAAGGAAGGUCCCUCAUCACUUCAAGUGUGGCAGCCUAUAUUUCCCGUGAACAUGUGUCUUGCUUCCACUGCUAGUUGCAAUAGUUGUUUACAGGUUUUAAAUGGCCUAUAUUGACUCUGGGAUGUAAUAUCUGUGGUAAAGAUGGAUCAAUCACUUGUAUGUUUUGAAAAGAAUAAAUCUUGGGUUCCACGGAUCCUACGCUUUCUCUGUCUCCCUGAUUGUGGAAAAAAUGUAUUUCCUCUCUCUC